UUUGAUACAGAAUACCAUUGAUGAUAUAUUAUUCAAGCUAAACACCCAAAGGAGUCAACAGUCAAGGGGAUCGCUGCAGCAGUAACACAAAGAGACGGGACAGACCAACUCUCGCUACGUUUGUGAAUAGACGACCUCGAAGCGUAGCUAUGAAGACCUUAUGGACACUGCUUUUGGCAGUUAUGGCUGCUUCAUUUUGUGCCGAAGCAUUGCCCCAAGUGGACAAAUGUGUAAGACCAUGCCCAGCAAUCAACGACCCCGUGUGCGGAACAGACGGCAAGACUUACGGCAAUGAAUGCAUGCUUGGGGCAGCGACAUGUCACAGCAACGGCACAAUCACGUUGGCAUACCCUGGAGAAUGUGGGUCUCGUCCGGACAAGUGCGCGCCAAUAUGCAACAAGAUGUACCAACCAGUUUGCGGGUCGGACAACGUCACGUACAGCAACCCCUGCAUGCUGAGAUCGGCCACGUGCAAGAGUAACGGCACCAUCACCAUGAAGCACCGCGGGAAAUGUGGCUCGAGCCAAUCUUGCGAACAAAAAAAAUGCAAGGGAACCAAAGUGUGCAAGAUGAUUGGCAAUAAACCGAGAUGUAUGCGUCCUCCCCAGACAGCCUGCAGCAAAGUCCGGUGCAGAGGAAAUAGCAUCUGCAAAGUGGCUGGCGGACGCGCGCGCUGCGUUCCUCUUCGAGCCACGUGUAAGCAGCUUAAGUGCAGACCAAACCAGGAGUGCAAAGUGUUCUUCCAGAGAGCCAGAUGUGUUCUCAAGAGGAAAACAUGCGAAGAGAUGAAAUGCAGGCCACCCCUGAUAUGUCAAUCACGCGGUGGGCGGGCCCGGUGUGUCAGACCAAGACCCAAUAGGUGCGGCUUGUUGCGUUGCCGAAGAACUCAAGUUUGCCAGAUGGGAAACGGCAAGCCUCGUUGUGUCUCUCGUACAAAAUCUUGCGAAACCACAAAAUGCAACCCUCCCAAGACGUGCAGGAUGGUACGUGGCCAGCCAAGAUGUAUCCGUGAAAAAGAAACAUGUGCCAAUAAGACUUGCACCAGCCCUCCGAACUCCAUUUGUCAGAUGGUGAAAAAAAAAGCGAAGUGCGUUUGCCCUCAAAUCUGUACCAUGGAGUACUCUCCGAGGUGUGGCUCGGACGGGAAGAUCUACAGCAACCCGUGUCAGCUAAGAGUGGCCGCUUGUAAUCAGAACAAACAGAUCACGGAGGUGUCCAUGGACCAGUGCAAACAAGGCUGAUCCUCUUCAUUGAACACGGAUAAGUCGUAGCAAGCAUUACUUUUUGCCGUUUUUAUAUGUAUAACAAACCAAUCAAUGUUGCUGGAAUAAGUACGUGAACACUGUGACCUGAUUGGCUGGUUUGUUAUAAAUUUGUCUUAUAGUGUAAUCUGAUUGGUCCAGGAUCUGUAUCAUGGUUUUGUUGUAACAUUACAUUGAACUACUUUA